AUGCCCGAGACUAAGCAUUUUUCGCAUACCAUCAAGUUGUCUCCUGGCUCUUCUCAUGCCGGGCAGGAUUUCGAAGGCAGAUUAGCCUACUGGAGCCUCGGCGACGUUUCCAAGCCCACGGUCUUGAUGCCGACGUGUUUUGCCGGCAAGCUCGAAACCACGACGCCUUUUAUUUACGAAUCUGACUCUGCCGCGCUGCCAUUGUCUGACUACCAUGUUUUGGUUGUUGGGCAAUUGGGUGGUGGUGAGAGUUCGUCGCCCUCGAACCAGCCUGCUCCGUUCUCUGGUGUUGAGUUUCCGAGGGUGACGUAUGAGGAUAACAUACGUUUACAGUAUGCUUUGUGCCAGAGUCUGGGGAUUGAGCAUUUGGAGGCUUAUAUCGGGUUCUCGAUGGGUGGGCAGCAGGCUUACUAUAUGAGUGUGCUGUACCCUGAUUUCGUGUCUCAUGUUGUGAUGCUGGCAACCUCGGCACGCACUUCAUGGCACAACUACAAUUUCUUGGAAGGACCUAAAGUUGCCUUGGAGUCAGCCGUCGACUUCGAGGAUGGCAGAUACAACAAAGAACCUAUUAGAGGCCUUCGCGCUUUCGGCAGAGUCUACUCUACUUGGGCGCUCAGCCAGGCCUGGUAUAGAGAGCAAUGCUGGAAAGUUCUCGGCUACGAUACGCUCGAGCAGUAUCUCCAGAACAACUGGGACAAGAGGUCAAACGAUGCAAACGAUUUACUAUCCAUGCUAUGGACAUGGCAGAAUGGCAACAUCGCUGCUUGCUUCCCUGAAGACAAGGGAGACCUUCCCACAGCUUUGGGAAGAAUCAAGGCCAAGUCCUUAAUUAUGCCGUCAAGAACCGACUGUUACUUCCCACCUGAGGACAGCGAAGAGGAGGUCAAGCAUAUCAAGAAUGGAAAUUUGGCUGUCAUUGAAAGUAUCUGGGGUCAUCUUGCUGGUGGCGGUGCCGGUACGGCUGAGGAUAAGAAGUUUAUCAACGAGCAGGUCUCACAGCUCAUGAAGUAG